AGCUGAAGUCACAGCUUAUUUCAAAAGAUAGAUUAUAUAACUAUUUUAGAGUUUUAUAAUAGACUACUCUCUGGACAACCUCAGUCCAUUGCAAAAACUGUACUUGAAGUCAGAAGAACUGAAUUCAUGACCUUGUUUAGCCCCUUAUUCUGUGAUCUUGUAUUUAUCUGAGCCUUGGUUUCCUUGCUUAUAAAAUGCACCCACAUAAGUGAACAUGUGGUCGAUGCCCACCACAAAGUACUGUGGAGCAAGCAGAAGCAGCAGAGUAGAACACAUAUCUGAAAAGAAGUUCUGGGUGACAAGCAGAGUAAGAAAUGUAGCCAUGUCCUUUAUGUAAAAAUCAAAGCAAGCACAUGCAACAUGUAACACACAUGCAGACUGCCGUAAUGACUGUUUUUGAGAAGAAGAGAAAGCAAGUGAGUUGGGAAUUCAAACGAUCAAUAAAUGAAGACAACAGAAGGCCCCCAACCCAUUCAGAUAUGAGUAAGUAAUAUGCCAACAAGGGUGCUUCCCUGCCUUCUUCCCAUGGUUUUUCUAUUCUGAGGAGCUAAUGAGAUUAUGCAUAAGGAAACAAGAGUUAAGAUGAAGAAACUGAACAGAGAUAGAAAUUCCUUCAGCAGGAAGCUGUUACCGGGGCAGUGCCCACAAAGCCUUGCCCUCCUGCAGAAUCUGCCAGUGCGAUGACAUCAGAGCCCUCAUGCAGGAGGGCUUCUUCCCCCUCACUUCUGGAGGUAUCACUCUGGAGACAUCAUAGCCAGGGGCACAACAGUCUCUCCCCAUGGAUCCACUGCCAACCGCCCACUUGGGUCCCCGGAAGAAGAGACCCAGGCAGACUGGGGCCUCCGUGACCUCCACUCCUCAUGACAUCAGAUUUCGAGAUUUGGUCCUCUUCAUUUUGGAGAAGAAAAUGGGUACCACCCGCAGAGCCUUCUUCAUGGAGCUGGCCCGCAGGAAGGGGUUCAGGGUUGAAAAUGAGCUCAGUGAUUCUGUCACCCACAUUGUAGCAGAGAACAAUUCCGGUUCCGAUGUCCUGGAGUGGCUUCAGGUACAGAACAUCAGAGCCAGCUCGAAGCUGGAGCUGCUGGACAUCUCCUGGCUGAUAGAGUGCAUGGGGGCAGGGAGACCAGUGGAGACAACAGGGAAACACCAGCUUGUUGUGAGUGUCCUGGCUGUGAUUGUCAUUGCUCUUUGCUUGGCAGACGAACAACAUGGUGAACACUGGCUCGGGGCUCAGAAACAGAACUUUUGUUUAUGUGGUUUUAUUCUUCAGGAUGCUUUUGACGUCUUAGCUGAAAAUUAUGAGCUUAGAGAAAAUGAAGGCUGUUCUGUGGUAUUUAUGAGAGCCGCUUCUGUGCUGAAAUCUCUGCCAUUCACCAUCAGCAGCAUGAAGGACCUGGAGGGAAUUCCCUGCCUGGAGGGCAAGGUGAAGAGCAUCAUCGAGGAAAUCAUUGAAGAUGGAGAAAGUUCUGAAGUUAAAGCUGUCUUAAAUGAUGAACGCUAUAAAUCCUUCAAACUCUUCACUUCUGUUUUUGGAGUGGGAUUGAAGACAUCUGAGAAAUGGUUCAGAAUGGGUUUCAGAACUCUGAGCAAAAUAAGAUCUGACAAAAGCCUGAAAUUGACACACAUGCAGAAAGCAGGAUUCCUCUAUUAUGAAGACCUCGUCAGCUGUGUGACCAGGGCAGAGGCAGAGGCAGUCAGUGUGCUGGUUAAGGAGGCCGUCUGGGCAUUUCUUCCGGAUGCCUUCGUCACCAUGACAGGAGGGUUCCGGAGGGGUAAGAAUAUUGGACACGAUGUAGAUUUUUUAAUUACCAGCGCAGAAGCAACAGAGGAAGAAGAACAACAACUAUUGCAUAAAGUGACAAACUUUUGGGAAAAGAAGGGGUUACUUUUAUACUGUGACCUUGUGGAGUCGACAUUUGAAAAGCUCAAGACGCCUAGCAGGAAGGUGGAUGCUCUAGAUCAUUUUCAAAAGUGCUUUCUGAUUCUAAAAUUGCACCAUCAGAGAGUGGACAGCGACAAGGCCAGCCAGCAGGGAGGGAAGAACUGGAAGGCCAUCCGUGUGGACUUGGUCAUGUGCCCCUAUGAGCGCCGUGCCUUCGCCCUGCUGGGAUGGACCGGCUCUCGGCAGUUUGAGAGAGACCUGCGUCGCUAUGCCACACACGAGCGGAAGAUGAUCCUGGAUAACCACGCUUUGUAUGACAAAACCAAGAGGAUAUUUCUCAAAGCAGAAAGUGAAGAAGAAAUUUUUGCACAUCUGGGAUUGGAUUACAUUGAACCAUGGGAAAGAAAUGCCUAGGGAAAAGUUAUCAACAUUUUGUUCCGGUUCUUUUCAGGUUAAAUAAAUUAUGCUUCAUAUUUGCAAAGGAUUCCUUAAGAAAGUUUGGAAUUCUUUAGGACUUACUGAAAUACAGAUUGCUACUAGAAAUAAGCUGCUUUGAGACAUGAUAAGGAAGCGUGUGGUAAUGGCUGUAACAGACCUUUUGUGCAACCACGGUUUAGAAUUCACAAUGCAUUUUUCUAAAGAAAUGGGGUUGUCACUGUGACCCACCAGGGAACCACUCAAAACCCACUUUGCCCUCAGUGUAACUGUAACACUGGUUAUCUUCAAUAAAAAUAGGAGGAAAUGGGA